UACAAUAUGACCGUGAUGACGGAAGUGCAGGCUGAAAUAGUAGAAGGGUGUAGAGUGCCAGUUUUAUUGAAGAAUGGCGAUGGAUGGCACUUUGCUGAGAUACUUGGAAAGAAAGAAGUCAAUGGAAAGCACAUGUUCUAUAUUCAUUAUGAAGAUUUCAACAAACGUUUGGACGAAUGGGUACCCGAGGAAAGGAUGGACAUGAACAAGUUAGAACCACCAAGGAAAGACCAGAAAACUCCCAAGAAAGAUGCUGCCAGUAAAUUAGGGUCUGGGCCUGGAUCCAGACCUUCCAGUCCAGAAAGAGAAAUAGUUAUAGUUAAUGGAAACUCAUCAACCAAUAAAAAGGUCCCAUCAGUCAACAGAAAAAGGCCAAGACCUGAAGAAGAUAUACUGUUAGAUGAAGCUGUUCCACCAGAAAAGAAGCCAAGACAGACAGGAAGUAUGGUUGUCCAUAAUGAUGAUAUUGUCACUCGAAUGAAAAAUGUAGAAUUAAUAGAAUUAGGACAAAAUCGGAUAAAACCAUGGUACUUCUCACCGUAUCCACAGGAAUUAACAUCAGCAUCAAUAGUUUAUAUAUGUGAAUAUUGUUUAAAGUAUGUGAAAAGUAAAAAGUGCUUAGAGCGACAUCUGGCAAAAUGUUUAUUGAAGCAUCCACCAGGAAAUGAAAUUUAUAGAAAAGGACACAUAUCAUUCUUUGAAAUAGAUGGUCGGAAAAAUAAAGCAUAUGCUCAAAAUUUAUGUCUGCUAGCCAAGUUAUUUUUGGACCACAAAACAUUAUAUUAUGACACAGAUCCAUUCCUGUUUUAUUGUAUGUGUGAAAUAGAUAUCAAAGGAUACCAUAUAGUAGGAUAUUUUUCAAAGGAGAAAGAAUCAUCAGAGGACUAUAAUGUAGCCUGUAUUUUAUCUCUACCUCCAUACCAGCGGAAAGGUUACGGUAAACUCCUUAUAGAAUUUAGUUAUGAAUUAUCAAAGUGUGAAGGAAAAACUGGUUCCCCAGAGAAACCUCUAUCUGAUCUUGGUUUGCUAUCAUACAGAAGUUACUGGUCCCAGACAAUUUUAGAAAUACUCAUAGGUCUGAAACCAACAGAUGGAAAUGAAACUCCUAUUAUAACAAUCAAUGAGAUCUCAGAAUUAACCAGUAUAAAGAAAGAAGAUGUGAUAUCAACGUUACAACAUUUAAACCUCAUAAACUAUUAUAAAGGACAAUAUAUUGUGACAUUAGCUAAGGAACACAUGGACACGCAUAAUAAAGCCAUACAGAAACGCAAAAUUAGGAUUGAUUCUAAAUGUUUACAUUGGCAACCGAAAGACUGGAGUAAACGGGGCAAGUGGUGAAUAGAGUUAUCUCCCAUGUAUUGUGUUCAAUAUUGUAUGGCAAGCAUAGAGAACAAAUAUUUUAGAUCUGAAAUUUUUGUUGAAGUGAAAGAAUGUCUAUUAUACUUAAAAAUGUGAUUUUUCAGUUGAAGGCAGCAAUGGAUUUGUUCAGACAGACAAUUUACAAAUGGCUGUUUCCAUGGAUACAGUAUGGUAUUAGUUGAAACAAGUGUUGUAAGAAAAUAUUCUUGUGACAUAAUAACUAAUAAAAAUGAAUAAUAAGAA